CUCUCUCUCUCUCUCUCUCUCUCUAUCUACUGUGUACAUUUAUUUAUAUGUGGAUGGGAGAGAUGCUCAGAGCUUGAAGAGUGCAGUGUCAUCUUCCAGUUUCUUACUUGGAUCUGGAACACUGAAAAGCUCUCAUCUUUGAUUCUGCAUUUUCCCUGAAAGAAACCGAAGGGAAUGGGGAGUGAAGGAUUCACACUGAGUCCAUGGUAAGAUCUUGAAAAAAGAAAAAAAGAAAAAACAAAGAAAAGUUGGUGGAAAAGUGUGGUGGAUUUGCUUGCCCACAACCCAUUUGAAUAAAUUCCCACAUGAUGUGGAGCUUUACAACUGCAGAUACCUUCCCUCACAAUGUUGUCCUGAGUGGAACUCUGGAGAAGCAGUGAGGGGAGACAUAAAACCCUAGCACUACUCCACCAUGGUGAUCUCCCAAAACCUCUUCAUUAGCUGCAUUGGGUUUAGAAAUGUGGUACACUCAAAUGGGUCACUGAGUUCCUUUUUGGAAAAGAUCCAAUUUUGAUGCUUGGGAGUGAGAGUUCCCUCAAAUUUGGGUUUUGGGUUGUUGAAGAUCUAGAGCUUGUGAUAGGGACAUUUUAUCUCAAAAUUGGGUGAAAUGGCCCCAAGCUUGGAUCUUUCUGAUUGGUGGGGGAAGGACACUAGAAAGGGCACUCCUGUGGUGGUGAAGAUGGAGAACCCCAACUACUCGCUGGUCGAGAUCGACGGUCCCGACGUCGGCUCGUUCCAGUCCACCGCGAAAGGGCGGGGGAAGAACGCGAAGCAGUUCACAUGGGUGCUGCUCCUCAGGGCUCACCGUGCGGUCGGGUGCAUUUCUUGGCUCGCGAAUGGCUCCUGCGCCCUGCUCGCAGCCAUCAGGAAGAGAUUUGCCCGCAAACCGGAAGCUCUUCUCGAGGCCGACAAGCCCGAGAAAGGGAAGCUGCUUUUCAAGUUCCUUAGAGCAUUCUUGCUGCUCUCUCUGCUUGCGCUCGCGUUCGAAUUGAUUGCUUAUUGGAAAGGAUGGCACUUCCAGAAGCCGCAUUUGCACUUACCGGAGAAUCUCCACGUACCCGAGAGCGAAGAGAUUCGUGGGUGGAUGCAUGAUGCUUAUCUCUCAUGGCUCGUCUUCCGGGCCGACUACAUUGCGUACCCGAUCCAAGUCUUGUCAAACUUCUGCAUUGUUCUUUUCAUAAUUCAGUCGCUCGAUAGGCUGAUCUUGUGUGUCGGUUGCUUUUGGAUCAAGCUCAAGAAGAUCAAGCCGAUGAUAGAGGGUGAUCCGUUUAAAUCGGAUGAUAUCGAGGGUGGAUACGACUACCCUAUGGUUCUAGUUCAGAUUCCUAUGUGUAAUGAGAGAGAGGUCUAUGAGCAAUCUAUAUCUGCAGUUUGCCAGAUUGAUUGGCCGAAAGACCGUCUCCUAAUCCAAGUUCUUGAUGACUCAGAUGACGAAAGCAUUAAACUUUUAAUAAAAGCAGAGGUAUUCAAGUGGAGCCAACGGGGUGUUAACAUUGUCUACCGCCACCGGAUUAUCCGAACGGGUUACAAAGCCGGAAAUCUUAAGUCCGCCAUGAGCUGCGACUAUGUCAAGGAUUACGAGUUUGUCGCCAUUUUUGAUGCUGAUUUCCAGCCGAACCCUGAUUUCCUAAAGAGAACAAUUCCCCAUUUUAAGGGAAAUCCUGAACUUGGGUUAGUUCAAGCACGCUGGAGCUUCGUGAACAAGGGUGAGAAUUUGUUGACCCGACUCCAAAAUAUCAACUUAUGCUUCCACUUUGAAGUGGAGCAGCAGGUGAAUGGUGUAUUCUUAAACUUCUUCGGGUUCAACGGAACUGCUGGUGUGUGGAGAAUCAAAGCAUUGGAGGACUCUGGGGGUUGGCUUGAGAGGACAACUGUGGAGGACAUGGAUAUCGCCGUCCGUGCCCAUCUUAAUGGCUGGAAGUUCAUCUUCCUAAAUGACGUUAGGGUUCUGUGUGAAGUUCCUGAGUCAUUUGAAGCUUACCGGAAACAGCAGCACCGAUGGCAUUCUGGGCCGAUGCAUCUAUUUCGUUUGUGCCUUCCUGCCAUCAUUACUUCUAAGAUAUCUGCAUGGAAGAAGGCGAACUUGGUGCUUCUCUUUUUCCUCUUGAGGAAGCUCGUACUUCCAUUCUAUUCCUUCACCUUAUUCUGCGUUAUUCUCCCCCUAACCAUGUUCGUGCCGGAGGCUGAAUUGCCCAUUUGGGUGAUCUGUUACAUACCCGUCGCUAUGUCCUUUCUUAACAUCCUACCAGCCCCUAAAUCUUUCCCUUUUGUUGUGCCGUAUUUGCUAUUCGAAAACACCAUGUCGGUAACUAAGUUCAAUGCAAUGGUCUCUGGACUGUUUCAAUUGGGUAGUUCCUAUGAAUGGGUUGUUACUAAGAAAGCGGGGAGGUCGUCGGAAUCUGAUUUACUCGCAGCUGCAGAAAGGGAUUCGAAGCCCUUAACCCACAAUCAGCUUCUCAGAGGGCUUUCGGAAGGAGAACUUGUAGAGCUGACUAAGUUGAAGGGACAACAACAGGAAGCAGCAGAAACAAAAGCAGAAGCCCCUCCUGUCAAAAAAGCAAAUAAGAUCUACAAGAAAGAGCUUGCCCUCGCUCUUCUGCUACUCACGGCAGCUGUUCGAAGCCUUCUAUCUGCCCAAGGGAUUCAUUUCUACUUCCUCCUCUUUCAAGGUGUGACAUUCCUUCUUGUUGGGCUCGAUCUUAUUGGUGAGCAAAUAAGUUAGCAUCAGAAACCCGAAGACACUGAAAGUUUUAUUUAGCUUUGCUCCCCCAAACUACUUUCGACAAGAAGAUCAUAUUUUUAUUGAUAGAAUAUCUAUUGCACAAGUCCAUAUAUCCGACGUGAAUUCAUAUAUAUAUAUGUUCAUUUUUCUUCGUUUUUGCAACCAUUGAGGGUUGAUGGAAGCUCCCACAAGAAUAAGAAGCUAUUUCUAUGGAAGACCAAAUACGAUUCGUAUCAUCUAUUUCUCCUUUUGUGUGGUAUUUCCUGUUGCAGAAACAUUCUUCUGUCACAAUUGCUGUUCUUGGUAGUAGGAUGUAGUCUUCCUUAUUUUAUUUAUUUAGUGUGGCAUAUUAUCCGGGCUCACGCCUUAUGUACUUGUAGAAGAUGGGAAAAAUGAAAGAAAACAGAGAAUGUUGUGAAUCCAGUACUUACCACGAACGGAUUGUAGUGCCAGUUUCCACAUCCAGUUAUACUGAUAUUAAUUGUGUAACAAUUAUUUGAAUGCUUGAUUUAUAAAGUUCAUUACAAAGUCGAAAUUAGAAACUUGUUCAA